UCAGCGCAGCUCUCUCCUGCAGCUUCGGAGGGACUGGAGUUGUUGCUUUUUCACACAUUUCCUUGGAUAUACCUUCAUCUCGCCAAGAUGAGACUUAUCUAUGUUGUUGUUGCUGUGGCAGCUUUGUUGACAGAAAAUCUAUCGCUUCCAGUAGGAAAAGAAGGGCAGAGAGAAGAUGUGGUCACACGCUGUUUGGUUGAAGUCCUGUCCAAAGCUCUCUCCAAACCGGACUCCCAGCUGGACCGGGAAUGCAAAGACAUUCUCCAAGCAGGGAUUAAACAAGCCCCACUGGACAAGAAGAGUGCGGCGGGGAUGAUAGAGGUGGCCAAAGGUUACCCCGAGGAGCCUGAGGCAAAGGGAGCAGAUGUGAAAGACAUCGAGGCUCUCCUGAAAUCCGUGGGGGAAAAAAGAGAAAUCCCAGAAGACGAGCGCAGCCAGGAAUCCUGGAGUCUGGGUGACGAGAAGGAGAAGAGACUUGAGAACGAAGAGGAAGAAGAGCGGGAGAAGAGGAGCAGCUGGAGGCCGGGGUACCAGCAAAAGAAACACAAACGAGAUGAGGAAUCUUUAGGAGAAGAGAGGGAGGAGCCAGAGGAAGAACGUAGCCAAGAGUCCUGGGAUGUGGACAAAAGGCACGGGGACGAGGAUGAGGAGGAGAGAUAUAAGCGCAUAUGGAAGCCCACACAUCGCUACCACCACAAGAAAAAGUUCCACAAACGUGGUGAUGAACCAUCAGAAGACGAGGAAAAUGGCGAUCGCAGCCAGGAAUCAUGGGGUCUUGACAAGAGGGCCUGGAGGGCCGGAAGAUACCACCAAAGAAGACACAAACGCGAUGAAGAACUUCCAGAAGAAGCACGAGAAGAACCUGAUGAAGAGCGCAGCCAGGAAUCCUGGAGUCUGGGUGACGAGAAGGAGAAGAGAUAUGAGAACGAAGAGGAAGAAGAGCGGGAGAAGAGGAGCAGCUGGAGGCCGGGGUACUACCAAAAGAAACACAAACGAGAUGAGGAAUCUUUAGUAGAAGAGAGGGAGCAGCCUGACGAAGAACGCAGCCAAGAGUACUGGGACUUUGAUACUGGAAGAGAUAAGAGAGAGUGGAGGGCCGGCAGGUACCACCAGAGGAGACACAAACGCGAUGAAGAACUUUCAGAAGAAGCACGAGAAGAACCUGAUGAAGAGCGCAGCCAGGAAUCCUGGAGUCUGGGUGACGAGAAGGAGAAGAGACAUGAGAACGAAGAGGAAGAAGAGCGGGAGAAGAGGAACAGCUGGAGGCCUAGGUAUCAACACCAAAAGAAACACAAACGAGAUGAGGAAUCUUUAGGAGAAGAGAAGGAGCAACCUGACGAAGAACGCAGCCAAGAGUCCUGGGAUGUGGACAAAAGGCACGGGGACGAGGAUGAGGAGGAGAGAUAUAAGCGCAUAUGGAAGCCCACACAUCGCUACCACCACAAGAAAAAGUUCCACAAACGUGGUGAUGAACCAUCAGAAGACGAGGAAAAUGGCGAUCGCAGCCAGGAAUCAUGGGGUCUUGACAAGAGGGCCUGGAGGUCUGGAAGAUACCACCAAAGAAGACACAAACGCGAUGAGGAGCUCUCAGAAGAAGCACGAGAAGAACCUGAUGAAGAGCGCAGCCAGGAAUCCUGGAGUCUGGGUGACGAGAAGGAGAAGAGACAUGAGAACAAAGAGGAAGAAGAGCGGGAGAAGAGGAACAGCUGGAGGCCUCGGUAUCAACACCAACAGAAACACAAACGAGAUGAGGACUCUUUAGGAGAAGAGAGGGAGCAGCCUGACGAAGAACGCAGCCAAGAGUACUGGGACUUUGAUACUGGAAGAGAUAAAAGAGAGUGGAGGGCCGGCAGGUACCACCAGAGGAGACACAAACGCGAUGAAGAACUUUCAGAAGAAGCACGAGAAGAACCUGAUGAAGAGCGCAGCCAGGAAUCCUGGAGUCUGGGUGACGAGAAGGAGAAGAGACAUGAGAACGAAGAGGAAGAAGAGCGGGAGAAGAGGAACAGCUGGAGGCCUAGGUAUCAACACCAACAGAAACACAAACGAGAUGAGGACUCUUUAGGAGAAGAGAGGGAGCAGCCUGACGAAGAACGCAGCCAAGAGUACUGGGACUUUGAUACUGGAAGAGAUAAGAGAGAGUGGAGGGCCGGCAGGUACCACCAGAGGAGAAACAAAAGGUACGACGAGCUUUCAGAGGGGGAACGCAGCCAGGAGUACUGGGACUUCGACAAAAGACAGGGAAAAGAUGAGCAAGAAAUGGAAAAGCGUAUAUGGAAACCGACACAUCGAUACCAUCAUAAAAAGAAAUUUCACAAGCGUGGCGGAAGCUCAUCAGAAGAAGAGGAAGAACAGAGGGCUGACUCAGAGGAAUAUGUGGAGCCGGGAAAGGAAGAGGACGAAGCAAUGAGGUAUCCGGCAGAGAAGCGCAAUCCCUGGAUUUUCAGAGGUUUCUACCAUCCUGCAUGGUAUAAAAGGGAUUCAGAUGAGCAUGCUGCAACCUCAAACAAGAUGGAUGAACUGGCCAAGUUGCUGAGCUACAAGAUAAACCAUCUGGCCAACCACUCUAAUCAAGAGGAGCCAAAGAGGAGCAUGCACCAGAGAGCACUCACCCCGCAGGAGGAGAAGGAGCUGGAAAACCUAGCAGCGAUGGACACAGAGCUGCAGAAGAUCGCUGCCAAGUUGCAUGACAAGAGCGCAUAAGCCAGGACGGACACCAUCAGUGGAUAAAAGCUGCUCUCUUACUGUUCGUCAGCUAAUUUAGUGUGCAAAAAAUGUCUGCCAAAAAACCUGGAGCUUUGCCAAAAACAGUUUAUCAUCGUAUUUGUGAUAUUUUGAUGUUAUCAAAUUAAUCCGCAUGGGAAUGGUUUUGA